AUGGACGUGCUCGAAAACCGGGUAGCGCUCCUGCAAGCAAAGGUUGUAGGCUCAUCGCCGUGUGGUAGAAAUACACUCAUUGACCGUCUGCAAAGACUCCAGAAUCAGCUAGACCAGCUUUCAGCGGCCGUUUCUGGGUCUGUUAAGCUCCGCGAACUCUAUCAGGAGCACGUCGAUCAUUUGCAGCUCACAUCUGUGAUAACUUUCACACACAGCAGUUCCAAAGCUGGCGAUGAGCUAAAACGUGCAGUCAUUUUGAGUUCAGCUGACCACCUGCAAGAAAUCUCUACCCAACUUCAGCAGCUGCAGCAACUAACGUGUGUGUUGGAUCAAUUACGCUCCCCAGAAGCCCAGCUGAAAAUGCGGUUGACACAGAUCGAGGCUUUAAGCGAUCAACAGCGUGAACGUGCUCUGGCAUUUCAUCAAAAAGUCGAGAAAAUGCUGACAAUGUACCAGCAGAUGGUGCUUGUAUUAUCGGAAAAGUGUGUGGAGUACAAUGCAUUACUGGAUCAGCUGCAGGCUUAA